AUGUGUAGAUCAGUUGUUUGCAAUCUUUGUGCUAAGAGAACUUGGACCGGCUGCGGUAACCAUAUUCCUCUGGCAAUGAGUUCUUAUUCCAAGUCCGAAUGGUGCAAUUGUCUUCCAAGAUACAAUGAUCAGAAGGAGUCUUCAUUUCCUCCAGGAUACGGCUACGCUAGAAAGCCUGAAACUCCACUUGAAGACAGACCUGAAUCCAAGUACAAGAAGACCUGGAGAGGUUGCGGUCAGCACAUUCCUGCUGCUAUGUCCCAAAGUCCAAAGGAUUCAUGGUGUACCUGUGUUCCUGCUGAUGGAUCUGCUAGAGGUGAAUAUCCCCCAAUGGCUGGUUCCGGUAAGAAAGCUUAA